UCGCUUGUGCUGUGAUACUGUGCGAGAAAAAAAAAGUUUCGGUUAAAGGAUUUCUGCGGAACGAAAAUGGAUUUGGCGGAAAGAUGCAGAACACUGGACGAAUGACAGCGAUCAGGGAAUACCCGUUCGACUUCAGUGAUAUACAAGACCCGAAUGUUCAAUCAUCAGGAACCAUGUCUGCCCAGGGUUCGAAUCCACACUCAAUACUCUGCAACCCCCUCAAUCCAGACAGGAAAAAGUCAGGGGAGAGUAGGAAAACUUCCACUGAAAGAAAAGUCUCCAUUAUGACUGGUGAUCCCAAUAAGACCGGUGACACUGAAAGUAGGAAUGGCAGGGUAUCAGUACACCAAGCAGAAGGGCCAUCGAGGCGGAAAAGUAAUCUUCACAAUGCCAUGGCUGCAGAAAUGGAUGGAUGGGAUAGAACACACAUCGAAGGAAAGUUCAAAAAAUACUCUACAACGUCUACAAUUUACUCCAAAAAGGCUCAACAGGAACACGUUGAAAGAUCUUGGUGGUACGCUUGUUGUCAAAAAUGCCAUCAGGAAGAAUCACCGAUUCCAUCAUGGGAGCCCCCAAACUGGCAAAAAGUUUGUCCAUAUCCAUUCUGUCCUACAUUCCGGAAAGUUGCAAGACAAGUUACAAUAUGUCUCAUUGGUAUCCUGAUAUGGUUAAAUAUGUGGCUUAUCAUGGGGGAAACAGCUGCCCCUGGUGGACAACUUUUUACUUUAGCAGUUCUUACAAUAGCUGCCCAUCUUACAGGGUGGGCUGUUUUAAAAGUUACGACGUUACCAGGUUUAAUAGGAAUGCUUUUGUUGGGUAUAGUCUUUAAGAAUGUUGGACUGGUGCAUUUUGACAAAGACUAUAUGGUUGUUGUGUCGUAUAUAAGAAAAAUAUCCCUAACGAUACUGCUAAUUCGAGCUGGCAUGGACUUGGAUCCUCACGCUAUGAGAAAGCACUUCCUCACAGUCAUCAAAUUAUCUCUUGUGCCAUGGACUUUCGAGUUCGUGUUGUUCGGUGUUCUAGUGUACUUUCUUCUUGGAAUGCCUUGGGAUUGGGCUUUUCUUGUAAGUGCAAUAAUGGCAGCGGUGUCACCUGCAGUUGUAGUACCCUGUCUAAUGAGAUUAAGAAAAAAGGGAUACGGUGUAUCUAAGGGUAUUCCAACUCUCGUCUUGGCUGUAUCUGGUAUAGAUGAUGCAGCUAGUGUUGCUGCUUUUGGAAUUGUAUUUUCAAUUAUGUUCUCCAGUGCUUCACUUACUAUGACUAUUAUUCAGGGCCCCCUAAGUAUAAGCGUUGGAAUUGUGUUUGGUGUCGUCCUUGGAUAUUUCGUCAAAUUCGUACCUGAAAGAAACGACGCUUUUUUGGUGCCUUUAAGAGUACUAUUUUUGCUUUUUGGUGGAAUAGUUUCUAUGUUGGGUUUUGAAGAAAUCGGAUGGGGUGGAGCUGGUCCUUUGGCAGUGAUAACGUUCGCGUUCAUAGCAUGCAAGAAUUGGUCGGACUUAGGAUGGGAACACGAAGACAACCCUGUUGUUACUUGUUUUGAGAUAUUAUGGAUGUUUUUCGAACCCAUGCUCUUUUCAGUUACCGGUGCACAAAUUGUGAUUGCAGAACUUCCUUUGCACUUGGUACUUGUUGGAGGUGGCCUGAUCAUUUUUUGUGGAGUACUCCGUGCAUUGCUUACAAGUGUCUGCGCUGUUAGAAGUAACCUCAAUUUUAAAGAGAAGGUCUUUGUUGGUUUGGCUUGGAUGGCUAAAGCCACUGUUCAGGCUGCUUUGGGACCUGUAGCGCUGGAUGAAGUCAGAAAGUUAUACGGCGCAGAAGCUUCUCCUGAAAUGCAGCAUUUUGCUCAAACUACAGUUACUCUAUGCAUCCUAUCUAUCGUCUUAACAGCUCCUAUUGGAGCUAUCAUCAUCACCAUUACUGGACCUAGACUUCUGUCCAGGACUACUAAGCCACCUGUCUUAGAAGGUUGGCGACGAUCUAAUAGGCCGUCCAUUAGAGAUAUAUCAAUUAUUGAUGAAGAAGAAGUAGCUGAAAGGGACGCAGAAAUGAAUCAUACGCGUCCUGAAACACCAGUUAAUAUUAUAAUACCUAAAGAUAUACCAGUGAUUGUUCCCACCACACCGAUUACAACACAGCCUCAUCAUAACAGUAACAAUACGGUCAAUCACAGUAGUUGAUUAUCAUCGAACAUUGCAAAAUCAAAAAAGGUAACGUUUAAAAAAAAUGUCAACAGUUACUUUCGAACCAUGUCGCUUUAACGUAUCUGACGUAUUGAAACAAAGCCUCAGUAAAUAUGAAAUAUGUUAAUGCGAUCGGAUGCUAAUUAUUUUUAGACGUAGUAAAGUACAUUCCUGUGGGACUGGAUGGGUUCCACUAUCACACGAUAUUGGUAGUGCGAGACGUCUAAUAGACGCAGCAAAUGCUCAUGUAGAUAAACCUUUUAAUUCUAUAAGUAGUACUGUAUGUCGCGUCGCGUGCGAUUUAUAGUUGUAACCCGCGGGAUCCGCACGGGUUGUGUCGCAUUAAUCGCAAUGUCUUAACCGUGCACACCAAUGGGUUUUUCUGAAAGUUUAAAUAACAAAAUAGUCUAAAUACAAAAUAAAAAUACUGUUGAACUAUUGUCAACUCAAUUAUAGAUUUUAAUAUUUUGUAUAGAUAUAAUGGAAUUUUGUGUUACGACUCAAGGAAGCAUCCAAGUUCCUAAUUAAGAUAUUUAAUUCGUAACAAUUAUUAUAGGACCAAUGUAAAUGUGCCUUCCAUUGAAUAAAAUAUUAGUAUUAUCAGUAUUAGUAGAAUAGGGAACAAAACUGUGAAACAAAACGUUGACUAUCUGUAAGUAUAAAUAAAAUUGAUAUCAACAAUAAAAUUGUUAACCGUAUUCUUGUAAAAUAAGUAUCUAUAAAUAGAAAUGUAUAAAUUAAUGCAUAAUUUUAUUUAUUAUUAAGUUUGAUUAUUAAUUAGGACGUCCAUAAAAUUAGAUUGUAAGAACUUGCCUUUAAAAAAAUAUAAUUUGCAAAAAGUAUUUAAUGCA